CAAUGGAGCGCAUUUUGACACCACAUUUGGUGCUCCAUGGGAGAAGCCCUAAAUCUCGUGAGCUCUGAUGUCUUAUAUUUUGUUUUGUUUAAUAUUAAUUAAUAUAAACGUAUAACAUAUUCGUAAGAUAAAGGUCAUAAGCUGUGUGCGUGGGUCUAUAAGUACACAACAUAUGUAUGAGCUUCAGAAUGAAGUUCUUUCCAUCCAUUCCACUUGCUGGCCCCUUAAACCCAAUCUCUCAAAAAGCAGCAACAAUGUCUGACCACGUCCUUUCUUCUUCUUCUUCUUCGCAGUGCAACCUGGGAAUGUUACUGCUCGACGGCAUUACCUCCACCACCUACACCAAAGCCCAGAAACAAUGGCGAGUCGCUUAUAUUGCCAUCCACUUUACCCUCUCCCUUGCCAGAGACUCUUCUUCUGUGCCUUGCAAGACCAGCCAACACACCAGAGCCUUCAAACGAUGGCGCCUCGCUUACACAGUCAUAUCGAUUUCCCAAUCCAUGCUCUCUCAUGUCAGGCAGAAGCUUGUACCCUAUCCUCCUCCUGCUGCUGCUGCUGCUCCUCCUCCUGCUGCUACUCCUCCUCCUCCUAUAUGUACCAUUGUUGAAAUUGAAGAAACUGUUCAACCUCCUCCCAUACUUGAGAUUGAAGAUGAUGUUGAUGGGGCUUGUUCUUCGUUCCGCAACAUCGACCAAGCAAGACUCGCAGAGAUGGUGAAGGAGAAGGACCUGAAUGAGCUUUCUAGAUUUGGCGGGAUCAAGGGUCUCGCCAAGGCUCUUCAGACUGACCCGGAAGACGGGACCGGUGGAGACGACCGCGACGUCAGCCUGAGGCAGAGAACGUUCGGUUCCAACACCUACCACAAGCCGCCCCCGAAAGGGCUCGGCUUCUUCGUGGUGGAGGCUUUCAAGGACACCAUAAUUCUCAUCCUACUUGGCUGCGCUGCCCUUUCUCUUGGCUUUGGCAUCAAAGAACACGGCGCCGGAGAAGGGUGGUACGAGGGUGGCAGCAUAAUUGUAGCCGUCUACCUAGUUGUUGGUGUAUCUGCGCUUAGUAACUUCAGGCAGGAGAGGCAGUUUGACAAGCUAUCGAAGAUAAGUAGCAACAUUCAGAUUGAAGUUGCAAGAGAUGGACGGCGGCAAAAGAUCUCCAUCUUUGAUAUUGUGGUGGGCGAUAUCGUGUUUCUGGCAAUUGGGGACCAAAUUCCGGCUGAUGGGCUGUUCCUCAAGGGGCAUUCCUUGCAAGUCGAUGAAUCCAGCAUGACGGGAGAGAGCGAUCACGUAGAGGUAGAUAGCGUUCAGAACCCGUUCUUGCUCUCUGGUUCUAAAGUGGUAGAUGGUUAUGCUCAGAUGCUCGUGACAUCUGUUGGGAUGAACACCGCCUGGGGCAAGAUGAUGAGUUCCAUAACCCAGGAUUCCAAUGAACAAACACCAUUACAAGCCAGGCUUGACAAACUGACCUCAGCGAUUGGGAAGGUAGGCCUCGCUGUAGCUUUCCUUGUUCUAGUAGUUCUGUUAAUUCGAUAUUUCACAGGAAACACGGAUGAUGAGAAUGGAAAUAAGGAGUUUACCAGUGGCAGAACAGACAUAAAUGAUGUAUUCAAUUCUGUUGUAAAUAUGGUAGCCGCUGCAGUUACUAUUGUGGUGGUUGCAAUUCCAGAAGGCCUCCCGUUGGCGGUCACGCUCACGCUUGCUUACUCCAUGAAGAGAAUGAUGGCGGAUCAGGCGAUGGUCAGGAAGCUCCCGGCGUGUGAGACCAUGGGCUCGGCCACCGUAAUCUGCACAGACAAAACGGGUACAUUAACAAUGAAUCAAAUGAAAGUUACCAAGUUUUGUCUGGGCAAAGAAGAGCUAGUAGAAGACUAUUCUGGAUUAAUUUCCCCUGAGGUCCUUGAACUGUUCCACCAAGGAGUUGGCUUGAACACCACUGGUAGCAUAUAUAAACCAGUUUCAGGGUCUAUGCCUGAUUUUUCUGGUAGUCCAACGGAAAAGGCAAUUCUCUCUUGGGCUGUCCUGGAGCUGGGAAUGGACAUGGAAAAACUGAGGCGAAGCUGUAGCAUUCUCCACGUUGAAACCUUUAAUUCUGAGAAGAAACGAAGCGGAGUCUCAAUAAGGAAGACGGCUGAUGGCAGUAUUCAUGUGCACUGGAAAGGUGCUGCUGAGAUGGUGCUGGCAAUGUGUUCAAAUUACUGCCAGAGCACCGGCACAAUCAAGUCAAUAGAUGAAGAAAGGACGCAAUUUGAGACGAUAAUCCAAGGAAUGGCUGCGAGCAGCCUCCGAUGCAUUGCUUUUGCUCAUAAGCAAGUUUCGGAGGAAGAUAUGCAAAACAUUGGAGAUGGAAAAGCCUACACAAAGCUAAUAGAAGACGAUCUGACAUUGCUAGGGAUAGUUGGACUGAAAGAUCCAUGUAGACCAGGGGUGAAAAAUGCAAUUGAGGUUUGCAGGUCCGCAGGAGUUCGCAUUAAAAUGAUAACGGGAGACAAUGUAUUCACAGCAAAAGCUAUAGCCGCAGAAUGUGGAAUUCUUGAGCCUAAUCAGCAGGUUAACAGUGAAGAGGUGGUGGAAGGUGUUCAGUUUCGAAACUACACCGCUGAAGAGAGAAUGAGGAAGGUCGAUCAGAUCCGCGUCAUGGCAAGAUCGUCUCCGUUCGACAAGCUUUUGAUGGUUCAAUGCUUGAAACAGAAGGGUCAUGUGGUUGCAGUCACCGGAGAUGGUACAAAUGAUGCACCUGCACUCAAAGAAGCCGAUGUGGGACUUGCCAUGGGAAUCCAGGGCACCGAGGUGGCCAAAGAGAGCUCAGAUAUUGUCAUAUUGGACGAUGAUUUUGCCUCUGUUGCCACCGUUUUGAGGUGGGGACGUUGUGUUUAUAACAAUAUCCAAAAGUUUAUCCAAUUUCAACUUACCGUAAAUGUUGCAGCUCUUGUGAUCAAUUUUAUUGCAGCAGUUUCUUCCGGUGACGUUCCCCUAACAGCGGUUCAAUUGUUGUGGGUAAAUCUCAUCAUGGAUACCUUGGGUGCUCUGGCCCUAGCUACCGAGCGGCCAACAGAUGAGCUGAUGCACCGCAAGCCUGUGGGUAGGACUGAACCCCUCAUAACAAACAUUAUGUGGAGAAACCUUAUAGCACAAGCACUGUUCCAGAUAGCCAUACUUUUGACCUUACAGUUCAGGGGCAAGUCAAUCUUCAAUGUGAGUGAGGCAGUAAAGAACACUCUUAUCUUCAAUACUUUUGUCCUUUGCCAAGUUUUCAAUGAAUUUAAUUCAAGGAACCUGGAGAACUGGAACGUAUUCACAGGUCUUCAUAAGAACCAACUAUUUAUUGGAAUUGUUGGAAUAACUAUUGCUCUUCAGAUUGUGAUGGUAGAGUUCCUGAAGAAAUUUGCAGACACAGAAAGAUUGGAUUGGUGGCAAUGGCUGAUUUGCACUGCUAUUGCUGCUGCAUCGUGGCCAAUAAGUUGGGUUGUGAAACUAAUACCUGUCCCAGAGGAACCAUUUUUCACCUAUAUCAGAGGUUUGGGAUCCAAAAUGACGAGGAGUGCCCAAGCACACCUAACAUAAGCCCGUAUCAGAGACUUGAAUUACACGAGCCACUGGAGAAAUCAUGUUGAAAAAAUGAUGAAUACACAGGCCAUCCAGAAAACAACGUUUCGACACCUGCAUGGAGAGAUAAAACCCUAAGAAUGGCAGGAAAAAUUUGCAUUUCCUAAUUGGUACCUGCAUGCAGAGAUAAGAAGUAAUCUACUUUGCCCGAAAGAGGGGUUUAUCAAAGGGGGUCAAAAAGACCAAACUGCCCUCAUCCAAGUUGUAAAUUUACAAAAUCUGCCACUGCAUGCUGCUCUCUCCUCUCUCCCUUCCCAUGGCCGCCGAUACAACCGCCACUACCUUUGCCUUGCCGCCUCGCUGACCGCGGCUGCAUCCUCCCUCCACCAAGGAUGCAACGGCAGUCGGCAAGACGAGGCAACGGCAGCGAGGCGACAAGGCGAAGGCAACAACGAUUGCAUCGGCGGCCAUGAGAAGGGAGAGAGGAGAGAGCAGUGGGCCAUGGCAGAUUUUGCAAAUUUGCAACUUGGGUGAGGGCAGUUUGGUCUUUUUGACCCCCUUGGGUAAGCCCAUCAGUGCAUCUAUUGGGCAAAGUAGCACUGCUCCAGAGAGAAAACCCUGAGCAUGGUAGGAAAAUUUGCAUUACCUAAUUGGCAAAACCAUUGUUGGCACCUGCAUGGACAAAAAAACCCUGAGCACAGCGGGGGGAAAUUUGCAUUUCCUAAUUGGAAAGCCACUGUUGGUUUGGGCUUCGGCACCAUCGCAAAGUUCUUCUAGUAUAUAGUGGAUUGGGCAUCACAGGUUCAAGAUGUGAAAAUAGUCUCCUGAUCCAGUAGCAUGUUGCUAUUCCUCUGAUCACUGGCUGCAGAGAGGACUAUAAGAUUCUUAUGGACCAAGUUAUAAUUUAAAUAAACUCCCGUUGUAUAGGCCGAAAAUUUUAUAGCUGCGACAUCUUAUUUUGUUGAGUCUGCCACGACUUAGGACCUUAAAUAGUAUUUUCAUUCUGGCUAGUUUUCUUGUUUAUAGCCCUCAAAGGAGGAGGGGUUUAGGGCAUGUGCACACUAUUGUAUCAGCUAAUAUUAGAAGGUAGAGAGUUUUCAAAUUACUAAUAGCCCUCAAAGGAGGAGGGGUAUGGGAGUGUUCUUACUAAUACCAUUUUGUUGGUCGCAUGAUAGACAUGCUGGAUAGCUGUCAAAUCUCUUCACACGAGUCAGAUAGUGUUCAUCAAAAUCCUUUGCCUUAAAUGUGGUUGAGGUGGAGGAUUUGAUCUAGUCUUAAACACGCCCAUACCCAUUCAUUUUACUUUCUUCUGCACUGUGAACAUGAAGCAAGAACAAGAGAGAAGGCUGGGAGGCUACGUGGUUUACCCUCCAUAGUAUACCAUUCAUUCAUAUACUUCUAUCUGCGAUCAUGACAGAAAUAGAUUCUCAGUUUGAUAUUCAUCAGUUUUAACCUAUUUGCACUAUCAUAUUGAUGAAACAUAAUAAGACAAAUGUGUUACUGACAAUGAUUUCUUGUUCUUUA